AUGGCUAAUAAUGAAAAUGAGAAGGAAGCAGCACAAGUUUAUCUUUUGGGUAAAACUUACUUAGCUAAUAGCCAAGGACAGUUUUAUAUUAAAAAUGAUCCUAUUGUUGACAUGGCUGCUGGCGAUCGACAUACAAUUAUUGUUACUGAAAGUGGUCGCGCCUUUGCUUUUGGUGAUAACAGCUCAGGUCAAUUGGGUCUUGGUCAUACAAAUAAUGUCGAGAAAGUGUCAUGUAUUAAAAGUUUAAAAUUCGGAGAUACAGGUGAAAAAGUUAUUUUGGUUGCAUGUGGUCGUGAAUCAUCAUUAGUUGCUACUAAUCGUGGUUCAUUGUAUGCAUUCGGUUCAAAUAUUCGUUCGCAAUUAGGAAUGAAAUCGUCCGAUUCAACAUCUACACAUCAUACUCCUGUUAAAAUUGAAUCUUUCCGUGGAAAAAUGGUAUGGAAACAAAUAGCUAUGGGUGCUGAACAUGCAUGUGCAUUGACCGAUGAUGGCAUAGUAUAUGUUUGGGGCGCUAAUGAUGACGGUCAAUGUGGACAAUCGAGUAAAGUUGAAACAGUUCCAACACCAAAAGAACUUCGAUUAGACAGUUCUAUUAAUGCUAUAUCAUGUGGAUAUUAUCAUACAGCAUUAGUUGAUGAAAAUGGCCGUUUACUUUUAUUUGGAAAUAACGAUGAUAGACAAUUAGGACGUUCAAUGCCUGAUAAAUUCGCUGGUCCAAUGCCAGUUUCAAUUCCAGGCAAAGUUAAAGCUGUUGCUUGCGGAAAUCAGCAUACCGUUGUAUUGACUGCCAAUGGCGAAGUUCUUGUAUCUGGACAUGGUGAUCGUGGUCAACUUGGUCUUGGACCUAAACUUGUUUCAGCAGAAACCUUUGAAACUAUUGAAGACUCGCCAAGACACAUUACAGCCAUCGCUGCAGGUGAAGCUCAUACAGCUGUUCGCACUGCACGCGGCGAUUUGUAUGUAUGUGGUGACGGCAAACAUGGAAAAUUGGGCUCAUCUAUUCACACCAAUGAAUUUCAAUUAUGUAUUGUUGAUAGAUUUAAGACAUAUAAUGUCUCAAAAGUUGUUUGUGGUGGUUGUCAAACAAUUGUUCUUGCUCAAAAGGAAUCUACAGAACGACAGCAAGCAUCAGAAAGCGAUGCAGAUAUUGGAAAUGCAACACUUUCAAUAACUCAACGUGAAAAAAGUCGAGCGCGAAGUAUGCGUAAUAAAAAUAUGUUCGAUCGUUCAAGUGCAGCUGGUGAUUCAAUUGAUACAACUCUUCGACAAACCAAACCCCCCGGAAUAACAAAUCAUCUACGCGUUGAAGCUGAUGAGGAUAAAUCUGAUAAAGAAUUAUCUGAAUCAUCAAAAAGCUAUACGUUUAAUCAAACACAUACGUUAACAAAUGGUAAAUUUCGUCCAGCACAAAGUCCAGGAUUAAAUCGUACUAGUUUACAUUCCAAUGAUGGAGAUUCAAAGCCAUUAAAGACAGGUGUUUUGGAUCGUACGGCUCGUCUUAAUCAAGAUGUGGAUGAUUUAAAACCUUUAAAAACAGGUGCCUUGGAUCGUACAGUUCGGCUUAAUCAAGACGCAGAUGAUUUAAAACCAAUCAAGACAGGCGCUUUUGAUCGUACGGUUCGCCUUAAUCAAGAUACGAAUGAUUUAAAACCUUUAAAAACAGGCGCCUUGGAUCGUACAGUUCGGCUCAGUCAAGAUGUUGAUGAUUUAAAAACGCCUAAUAAUCGUUUUUCAUCAAAUGAUAAAUCACCUGUACGUAAUACACGAUUCGAACAAACAAAUCCACAACCCGUAAGGAAAAAACAAGAUUCCGAGGAAGAAAAAUCAUCAUCGGACGAGCCAACGCCAUCAAGAUCAUUCGCUAAGAAACCUGAACGGCAAUCACCUCCAAUAAAAAGUGAUCGACGGACAUCUCCUGUAUCACGACGUAGAGAUGAUAGCGACAGUGAUGAUAAUAGACUUAAACGUCCAUCGCCUAUUAAAGCACCUAUGAGUGAAACAUUAAAUCGAAAAUCACGUCCACAAAAUCGAUCGAAUAACGACAAUAACGAUGAAGACGACGACGACGACGACGACGAUGACGACAACGACGACGAAGAAGAAGAUGAUGAUGAUAAUCAAAGAUUAUCCAGCCGUCACACUAGAAAACAACCACCGCCAACUGCUGCUCGUCGAAGUUCAUUACCACAGCAAUCACGUUCAGGAGCACCUAUGUCUUCAGCACGUGAUGGAAAUCAAACCAUAGGUGGAAAACCAGUUGAUGGUACACGAGCUAGCUUUCGUGGACCAGCAACAAAAACACUUGCCAAGCCGAAUACAACAACUUCAAAUGCUGAUACCUCAAAAAAACAGACAUCACCUGCCGAACAACCAGGCUUUUUUGCACGAUUAUUUGGUUCAAAAUCGUCGUCAAAUCCACCACCACCACCACAACCAGCUAAAGCACCCACACCCGGAACAAACACCAAUUCCAGAGCAUGUUCAAUCAUAUAUGGCAAUGGUACUUUUGAAAUUCAAAGAACGUAUCCAACGGGUUCAUCUCCAUACUUUGUGACUGUUGGUGAUUUCAACAAUGAUACCUUACGAGAUAUUAUUGUCGCCAAUCAGGAUAGCAAUGAUGUGAGCAUCCUACUUGAAUAUGAAGAUGGUUCUUUUCGAAAUAAAAUACUAUAUUCGACGGGCUCUCAUCCAUAUGAUGUAGCUCUUAGUGAUUUCAAUAAUGACAAGCAGCUAGAUAUUGUCGUUGCCAGUCGGCGUGACAAUAGCAUGGGUGUUGUUCUUGGAUAUGGUAGCGGGCUUUUGCAAACGAAAUCAGAUCUCGUUAUCACCAGUUGGACUAGUAGUGAUGUAAAUGGACAUUUUGAAUCUAUCAAUAUCGGAUUUGUAAACCACAGUGCACUUACAACAGGCAUUGGUCACGAUCAAAAGCGAUUGUGCUUGAUGAUUUUAACAAUCAACAAGCAAAUGGAUAUUGCUGUUGUUAAUAUGGGCUCUUGUUUUGGAUAUGGUAAUUUAUCUCUUUUCAGUCCAGUAAUACUGUCAACUGGUUCUAGACCAACAUCCAUAACUGUCGGUUAUUUCAAUAACUAUAGCAGAUUGGAUAUCGUCGUCACUGACUAUGUCUCUGGGAGUGUUGAUAUUUUUCUCGGCUAUGAUAAUGGUUCUUACACAACUCCAACGCGAUAUUCAGUUGGAAUUAGUUCGUUGUCAUAG